AUGGAAUGGGUCGAAGAAAGAUUACAGAAUGAUUUUGGAUUACAAAAAAUCUUGCUGCCUAUUAAUGCAACAAAAGAUGAUAUUCAUAGCAAAAUAUAUGUUAGUCCAGAUUAUCUUGAAAAUGAUAAAAUGAUGAUUUUUAUUCCUGGAACAGCUAAUAUGAUUGGAUGUUGGUCGAGAAGAGUUAUGAUUGAUGUAUCAGUUAAUGAUGGAUCAAUGAUCUCAUAUGUUAAGCGAGCAAGAGAAAUGGGAUUUUCAGUAAUAAUUGUUAAUCCUAAUGAAGUAUUUUGGUAUAAAGGAAAAGCAGUACACACUUUACCAAAGACAAAUGUGCCAUUUAAAAUAAUCAUGGGAAGUGAGACACCAGAAUCUCAUACCAACUAUGUUUUUGAAAAUUUUGUCAUAGUUUUUGAGCAUGUUGCUAAGAAGUUGGAACAGUUGGAAAAUGGAGCCACAGAAUAUAAUGAUGAAAAUGAAGGAGAUAUAGAGGAUGGAUAUUUGAGUGAGCCAAGUUAUUUCCAAAUACAAUAA